AUGUCGAGGCCUGCCACCCUUCGGGAGCGCUACACCUACGGCGGCCUACGCCAAAACGAUCGGCAUGAUAUACUUCGCGGCCAACGUGUGCUGCUAUUAGAUCCGUCCCGUCUUUCCACACAGGAAGCCUGGCAAGAAACCGUGGAUGAGCUACCUGUCGUCACGAACAUAGACGAUCUUCCCGAAGAAGAUAGGAUUUGCAUGGUGUGCCUCGAAGACCUUAAAAAUAUUGAUGUCGAGCACGAAGCAGACGCUGCCAUCUUCGCCGAGCUGCCAUUUGCGGACAAGACCAACGCUAUGGGAGGUUACCCUCUAAUUCUACCUUGCCGUCACAUGUUCCACACUUGCUGCAUCAAAGCGCACUUCAGAUCGAACGAAAGCUGUCCCCUGUGUAGAAAGGAAUUUUGGAAGGCCGCACGAGAAGGCACUACCCACGCUCGCCGCGAAGCCUUCGAGCGGAUGAACCUCCGCGAACUUCGCGAUCUCGCUACCGUACCCGCUCAGGCACCAAUGCGUUGCUUCAUUCGCCUGAUCAUGCGCGAGAUCUGCAACAUGCUGCACGUCUUUGCAGAGGUCCACGGGCGCGUCGACCUCUUCUCCCUUGACGACUGCUCCAUCACUGAUAUUUUGGAAAUCAUCAACGAACACAUCUGCGACUACCGGUACAGCCUUAGUCGACCGCUGGACGCCGUCUGGCGCGGCUUGCGGGCGGAUGUGCAGACGUUCGUAAGCGAGGUGCUCGGGCCGCAGCGACACGCGAAGACGACGUGGGCGAAGGAUAUUCGGCGCCUGGAGCAGAUCGUGUUGCAGGCGGUACGACUUGGGCUUAAGAUCGCGCUGCUCAAGCAGACUUUUAUUCCCCUGGUGAAAAUCAAGGACUAUGAGAUCCAAGGCGGGUUCAAGUGGCCGGGACACUUUGAUCGGGGAGGACCUCUCGGCUCGGAGACGGUUCUGUAUGACGAUGAGUAUUUCUUGGAACCCGAGGGGGAUGAAGAUAUUCCCGUGAUCCAAGAGGAGGUUAGCGAAGACGACGACCAGGACUUCUCGGGUCCUCGUUAUACCUUGAUGCUCCAGCAGUACCGAGGGCUUGUGGCUCGCCAGAAUGCGAAUAUGGAAGUUACAUUGAGCGCAUAUGAGCAGGAGGUUGGCGAGCGGCUGUUCAACGAGUUGCACCGCUUCUUGACUGAGCUUGGGCUGGACUACACGCGGGAGAUAGACGGAGAAUUUCCCGACAUCGAGGGAAUUGACGAAGAAAUUGCAGCCGAUGAAGAUAUGGAAUCGGAGGAAGACUUUGAUCUCCCCGUAAUUCAGGACGAGGUUGACGAGGAUGAGGGCCAGAGCCUCACGGGUCGUCAGUAUACCUUGCUUCGCCAGCAGCAUCGGAGGCUUCUGGCUCGUCGGAAUGCGAAUCCAGAAACCACUUCAAGCCAACACGAACAGGAGGUUGGCCAGCGGCUGUUUAACAAGCUGCACCGCUUCUUGACUGAGCUUGAGUUGGACUACAUGUACGAUGUAGAUGGAGAGUUUCCCGAUAUCGAGGCAGUUGUUGAAGAGUUAGCAGUCCUUGCAGAGGAAAUAGCCAAUGAAGAGACGGAAGAUCGCACAGCUCUAUUCACGGAAACAUCUCUGCAAUACCGGCAACUUCGUCGCCGGGAGGCUGCCAGCCCAGGGUCUCUUAGCGAAGACGAAAAGGCUACAGUCACGCGUCUUGCCGAUGAGCUUCGCCGCCUAGAAGGUGAAAUGUGCAUGGAGAUUCCAUGGCAAGAGCUCCGACAAGUACCUCAUCACCAAUGA